CCCAGAAACAACGUUCGCUAACAUUAGCGCCUUUUCGCUACGUAUGCAGACGAACCGCUCGGUACGUGCAACCUCAGCGAACCCGAGGGAGGCAGAAGCACGUGUGGCGACCAGCUGGGAGGACCAGCUCCAGGGGGGAAAACCUAAAGGGGCCUUCAUGAAGUUAAAAACUACCUAACCUGAUACUCAUAUUGGCAGCACCAUCAGCAUCAAGGACACAAGAUGAGUGACUCCGAGAAUGGCAGCGAGUUUGACGGUGAGCUUGAGGACACGGAAUUUGGGCUUUACAUGCAGCUUUAUUUUGAAUCCAAUCCAGAAUAUAAGGCAUGUGACAGUUCCCAUAUUGGACACCAGUUAUCUGGCAAGGAGAACAUAGAAGAAUCACCUAAGUCAAAUGAGAAUAAUAAUGAAGAUAAGGAAACAGAUGUAGGAGAAUAUGAUUGUCCUUCUGAUAAAGGCAAGGAAUGCACUACCAGUUGCACCAAUGAAAAUAACCUAAAGUUUUCAAGAAAUGUGAGUAACAAUGAUGCCAAAGGGAGCGAUGCUGCAGAUAACACUGAUAUAUCUUGCUCAGAAAUUCCAGAUGGGAUGGAUCCCCAGAGCCAACUGAAAAGGGCAUCUAGAGAAAGGCUAUCUAGCAUUUGCAGUAUAGAUAGCAUAUCUGGCUGUGUCCCUCUGGAUAACUUGUACUGUAUUGAUUUAAUUUCCGAUGAAGAGGAAGGAGGAAUCAACCAGAAAUUAGCCAUCUCUGAGAGUUUAGAACAGGAGGUUGCAGAGGCUCCGCGAGAAACCAUCAAUUCAAAGAAAAGGAAAAGGUUCAGAUAUUCGUCUGACAGUGACAGAGAAGAAUCAAGAUGUGCUAGUAUAGUUAUGAAGGUAAACACACGUAAGAAAAGGAUUACAAGUAACUCAAGAUGUAGCACUCCAAGGGACAGUGAUGAUAAUGAGGAUAUUUAUGUGCUUCCCCCUCCACCACCACAGCAGAUUUCAGUUGUGGAUUUAGCUUCAACAUCUGAUAGUGAUUUAGUAGAUGAAAUCAACUUGAAAGGAAAACCAAAUACUAAGACUAAAUGCAGAUUUGAUUCACAAGUUAACCACACACCCAUAUGUAUAUCUAAAACAAAAGUUGUAAAAUCGCCUAAGAAGUUACUGAAUGGUGAUCUUUCCCAAAUAAUUGCUGCCUUAAAGAGAGGCAGUAAGAGAGCCAAUGUUGGUAGUGAGUCUGACACAGAGAGUGAGACAGACUCACUCGAAGGGGAAUUAGAAACAAACCUGACAAUGAAUUUGGACAAGGGAUUAAAAAGAUACAUUGCAAAUGAUAAGCAGAACAAGAAUAGAUCAACAGGAAAGGUUGGGAAAGUGAAAAGCUUUGACUACAGCAAAACGCUACCUAAAAGCACAAAUCUGCCAAGCUGUAAGAAGUGGACAGUCUCUAUGGCAUCUUUCUAUGAUACAGAUAUAUCAGAAGACCUGCAUAUAGAGGCAGUACAUCAGCAACAAACAAAUUCACGAAGGGACUGGCAUAUUAAUGCAAGUGAUUAUCCAGUCCAACAAAGAGGUCGAUAUUUCACCAGAGAAGUGAGAUGCACUCGGUGUCGGCAAUUCGGUCACCUGGAGAAGGAUUGUCCAAGAGUACCGCAUUGUCACCUUUGCUCCCAAACAGGACAUACAGUGAGAUACAUGUGUCCAGACAACUGUUGCUUCAGAUGUGGUGGAGAACCCCAUGGAUUUUGCUACAACACUUCAGCUGCUGUCAGAUGCCAUUUGUGUGGCUUUCAUGGUCAUCGGAUGCAGUUGUGUCCAGAUUUGUGGAGGAGAUUUCACAUAACAACAUCUGGUGAAGAAGUACAGAGCCCAGAUUAUCACGAGGUUCGCCCAUUCAAAGAGCAGUAUUGUUGCAUAUGUGCUAAGCAAGGGCAUUAUAGUUAUGUUUGUCCCUUAAGGCAUGAAAACUCUUAUUACUGCCAAGUUCCACAGACGGUCAUCAGCUACUCUUCGCCAGUUUUACAGGAAAAUGGGAAACUGUCAGUCAGUGCAGGAGCUGAAAUUUUAGAGGUGCCAUCAGAUAUUACAAAAUUAUCAGUGAAGCAACACAAUGCUGGACGCUUAAUAGGACGGCAAGGAGUGGUUGUGAAAGAAGUCCAGAAACUAUCAAAUACUAAAAUUAUUAUUACUACAAAGCGUGGAAAAUGUCAGGUUCACAUCUGUGGAAGUUGGAAAGACAGAAAACUUGCAAAAGGAAUACUUGAUGUUCUCCUUGGUAUAAUACCAGUAGGGGAAUAUAAAGAGUAUAUCACCAAUAUAGCCAACGCCACCAAUGAUCCUAAUGUACAGGAUCUCUUGACGUACUCAGAUUCAAACAAAGCCUUGACGGAACUGGAGGAGAGUGACCAGCCUUUACCAGGUUAUCACGCCAGAAUUAGCAAAAGCUCCUCACGCAUUCUAGAUAAUCUUCCCAGAACAAAAGAAGAUCUCUUGGCUAAAAUUGCUGAGAGUGUUUCGGAUCUAAAGUCCGUUGAUUUCAACGUGAAGAGACGUGUUAAACUCUUGAAAAGGGAAAGAGACUUGUUUGAUUUUAAUGAUGCAUCUCCAGAUAUUAUUCGUCGGAUGCAAAAAAAUUGUUGAAGAGUUAUAAAGAGUCUUAUUGGUAGAGAGUGUAUGGCAAC